AUGUCACCAUCUGCCGCCACUAAAAAUCCAGCAAACGCUGUUGAAUCUCCAGUGGAACUCUCUGAAAUUGAACAAAUUGUAACCAAACUCGCCAAAUCAGGAAAAAAAAAUCCUAGAUCGGCAAGAAAGGGCGGUUUCGCCGAUUCAUGGGUGGAAAACUUACCAGCAACAACAAAGGCUCGAUUUGAGAAAUAUGGUAUCGAUAUCUCUCAAGGUUACCCUGAGAGACCACCAACAGAAAGUAUUCCUGUUUUUGUUGACCAAGCACGCGCAGUCCGUGAUAAAGAAGUGCCUUACAUUGAAAGAGCAAAAAACGCGGAUCCUGAAAAGAAGGCACUCUUUGCAGCCGCUAAAGAAGUGAAAAACUUGACAAAGCACAUUGGUACUGAAAUUAUUGGCUUACAAUUGAGUGAAUUGACCGACCAACAAAAAGAUGAAUUGGCUCUUUUGAUUGCAGAAAGAGUGGUUGUUUUCUUUAGAGACCAAGAUUUAGACCCAAAAAUCCAAGCAGACUUGGGUGCCUACUACGGUAAUGUUGAAUAUCAUCCACAACAAGUACAUGUCCCAGGAUUACCAGGUACUACAGUCAUCUGGCAAGACUUAUUAAUUAAGCUUGGCCUUGAUAUUGGCUUCAAAAACAGCGCCAAGGCUGGAAACCUGCAAUGGCACACUGAUCUUACCCAUGAGUUGCAACCUCCAGGUAUCACCCAUUUGCAUAACGACGCUAUCCCAGACGUAGGGGGUGAUACCAUUUGGUCGUCUGGUUAUGCCGCCUAUGACAAGCUUUCUCCUGCUUUCCAAAAUUUCCUCGAUGGAAAGAAGGCGGUGUAUACUUCAGCUCAUAACUAUCUUGACCGUGAAAACCCAUUGAAAGGGAGUGUUCACGUUGAACGUGAACACCCAAUCAUUAGAACUCACCCAGCCACUGGAUGGAAGUCUUUGUUCGUUAAUAGAGCCAUGACUAAAAGAAUUGUUGGAUUGGAACCAAGGGAAAGUGACUUGAUCUUAGAAUACUUAUUCAGCAUUUUUGAGAAGAAUUUGGAUAUCCAAGUAAGAUUCAACUGGAAACCAACAAAGGUUGGGCUGGGCACUUCAGCCCUUUGGGAUAACAGAGUUUCGCAACAUUUUGCAGUGUGGGACCAUGAAGGAAAUGAACCAAGACAUGGUACAAGAGUCUCUUCGUUGGCUGAAGUUCCAUAUUUUGAUCCGGAAUCUAAGUCCCAAAGAGAAGCGUUAGGAUUGUCUUUGAACUAA